UUUCAGUUCAUCGUAGACUCUCGGCGCGAUCGGUUUAACUUACUUUUGGUGCGAAGCAGUUCGUUCGUCUUUCGAUUUUUUUUUGUGGAAUCGUGACACAGAGUGCGUUUCGUGCUAUCAUAUAAAAAAAAUAUGAAAAAGGAUGGAAGUGAGCUAAUCAUAGAAUAUUUGCUAAACUGUGGGAGGUUACGAUCGACCGGAGGAAGUCCGAUAGGAAAAAAGGUCUUUCUCAGUUCUAUACGCUGGUAAAGAAGAGAGAAGAUUCGAAAGAACAAGUGAACAAGUGGUGUGUAGUGUGGAAGCAAUAGUGCGAUUGGAAGCGAUUUAGAAUGGAUUAGAAGAGCAACAACAGCAGCAGCAGAAUUGUGCAAGCAAGCAGAUGAUUGUUUUAAUUGGAGUUGCGGUUAUAUAAUUAAACUGGAAAACGAGCGGGGGGACACAAGUUGAACUGAUCCAACCGAGAUUGAACACCAUGCGUGUAGAAGAACUGUGGCAACAAUCAACUAUGAGGUAUAGAAACCAAUGCCUCACUGUGGUGUGAGCGGCGCUGCGUUAGGGGAAUGCGCGAACGCGUGGAUACGCAGCAGCCAACAUGAAGCCCAUCACGUUUGAAGCGAUUCGUAACUUGCUGAAGACGAAGAAAAAGCAAAAAGACAAAUCAAGCAUAGAUCAGAGCUUCAAGCGAAGCGAUUCCUUCAAGCGCAUCAGUAUCCGGAAAAGUUAUCUGGAACGGGGCCGAAAGCGUAAUGCCGCCGCUGCACUACGGAGUUCCACGAAAAAUUUGGUCAAUAUCAAUGAGUUCGAGGGUCAGGCAAAGGUAAUAAAGCAGCCGGACAAGCUGACGAAAUCAAGCAGUAGCAAUGAGGCGGCCAGUAAUGCGACAACAAAGGAGGCACCUUCUAGGCCUAUCCAUGAGCUCACGUUCGAGGAAAAACUGGAAUCCAAUGAUGCCUCCCUCGAUGAGAAGAUCCGUGCGCUCCAGGAAAUCAACGAUCGGUAUGUUAGUGAAAAUCAAAACCUGGUUGAAAAAACCUGUGAUGUUACCAAAAAUGUCGAAAAGGCCAAAAUUAAAAAACCACCGAGACCCUCGAAGCAAGGUUUCAGAAAGACCCGUGAAAUCGAGGUACAAACGGUGAAUCCAAGCGAUCUCAAAUCAGAAAGUACUGAUUCCUAUAACACGCUCACCUCCAAUGAUACCAUCGAGUCGAAUAGCCGUGCUAAAAAUAUUUCUCAUGUAAAUAUCAACGCUUCGGAAAUUAUUCCCGAAGAGGAUGAGAAUCAAGCUAUUAACCCGAUCCAUGAACCUGACCGACGCGAACAAUCUUCAAGUCGGAAAGUGGAUGAUGCUGACGAUAAAUCCUUCUACAGCAUAAGCACAUUUACUAUUGAGAGCAACACCCUGAACAACACCAACGCUUCUUCGAAGAAAUCCUUUCGUAGUAGCUUCAGCACUUCGACUAGAACGAAGGAAUUGCCCACCUUGGUAACCAUUAAAACCUACUGCGAGCCGAACGCUUCCAUUCAAUCGAUAACCCACGUUAACGAGAAGUACUUGGAGACCAGUUUCGAUAGCUACACGGAGGACACUACCAGCCCGGUUGCGACGACGAAAGCGGAAGUGGUGAGUCGUCCAAAAACAUCCAGUUUGAACAAAAUUUCCAUGAAUCUCAACAAAGCCAGUCAAAACGGUUCGAAAACAUCGUCACUCAAAGACAUUCGGCCGAAAAUCAACACCCAGACGUUCAAGAUGAUUCGAAGUAAAUCGAGAGAGGGCAUCGUCAUUCGGAUACCGGCGGUUGAUGUGGACGCUGGUAGCCACGAUAAAAAGGCUGAUAUGGGCGACAAAGAGUCGGAUAAUCUCAACCGUCAGCUCAGCAACGAUUCGGCUCUCGAUUUGAUCGACAUUGAUAUCAAGGUCGACGAGAAGGAUAUGCAGAGCCACACGAUUGAGCUCAAAAAUGCGAAAAAUAAGUACAAAAAGAAAGCCAAGAAGGCGGCCGAUAAAACGGCAACGCUCGACUUUGAGGAUUGCAGGAACAGUACUUUCAAGAGUCACGAAAACUUCGCGCUUGAAAAAGCCGGAGGUCGCACCUCGAGGGACCGCCCCGAGCCAAAGUUCAUCUUCCCGAGCAAUUAUUUCGAGGAGGAGAACAACAUCUUCUAUGAGCAAACGGUGUUCGACGAUACGGAGGUUCCCUCUCCGGAGAACAGUAUCCCGUACGCGUUGCGGAUAAAGGAGAACCCGUUCACGAAGAACAAGGAAUUUUAUUCCAUCAACACGGGCCGAAUUUGGAAGCAAUUGAAUCUGGGUCAGGAGGAGGAUCUUUCGAUACUAUCCGCAGCUCCACGUCUAGCCGUACCAAAGACCAAGAACGAAUCGUUCAAAUCGAUGUCCUCCAGGGAUUCGGGCUUCAGUUUGACUCUUACGAAGCCGAAGAAUCUGUUCCGGAGGAAGUCGAAGAAGUCCACCUUGCUGCAGCGGAGAAAACCGAAACUUGCUGUCAGUCGAGAUGGGUACUUCAAACGGGUGAUGGUUGUUCAGAGGAACUCUUCGAAACGGAAGCGAUCGCUGCGGAAGGCGCGGGUUCAGGGCAAAGACAUAUUCCGAGACUUGUACGACGAGAAUUGGGUCAAGCUGGGGGAUGAGUUCGGCGAUGCACCGGUACCCGAUUUCGCGCAAGAUUUUGAGAAUUUUUGCAACGAUCGAAGAUACAACCAGGAAAUCCAUGAUCUCGAAGCGUUCUAUGAAGAACAUCUUAGAAGAUUGAAGCAUUACUAUAUCCAAAAGAAGAAGCUCAAUGAGGCUGCGAUUAAGGAGUUUUAUCGGGACCACAACGGAGAGACUAUUGAGGACGAUAACGACUACUAUGAUUCGUUCAUUGCGACCAAAAGUGAGACGAUCCGUUUCAAGAACAACAUCCAGAAGCGAUACUUUCAGGAGAAGCAAGCCGAGGCUGCGAUGGAUUUCAUGUUUCCACAUCCGGACAAACGACGAAAAGGAUGUAGCGGAGCGAUAAAGCAGAAGGGUAAAGCGAAACGGCAUCUAUUUCACGAGGUGCGCGCAUACGGAAGUCCAUCGGAGCCGCCAAUUUAUGCGGAACAUGACAAAACGAACGAAUCCGAAUUGACGCAAGAUUUAAAAUGCUCGCGAUCGGCUGCAGCUUCCGGUAAAGCUGACACUAAUUUUCAGCUGGUAGCGUCUCGGAAAAUUAGUCGAAAUUCGAGUGACAUCAACAAUGACAAGGAAGUUCAAGUGCAGCAUACGAUAUCACUGGCGAACGUAUUUCCUUCAGUUAAUGGGAAAACGAAUCCAAGUCAGGCGAGGAAUGACGAUGAAGAAGAAAAGGAAGAAGAGGAGGAAGAGGAUGAUGAUGACGACGAUGACGAUGAGGAGUUCAGUGAAAAUGAAUUUCUAAUUAAUAGCAUUGGUGAAAAUUUGUAUUGUGUUGGCUGUGACAAAGUGAACAGUGAUUGCGAAUGUUACGAAGAGUCGAACGAAACGGCCAAUGGCAACAGUAAUUAUAACGAUGACGAACAAGAUGAAGAAAAUCAUGGGACAGGGGGAAGUGAGGAGUGUGGGGAGAACGAAACGGUUGAUGAUGACGAUAAAAAUUAUUGCGAUGUGUUUGAUUAUGAUGAGUUCAAUAUAGUACAUGUGAACCACAAGAAAAAAGUGAAAAGGAAAAAGUCCAAAAAGCGAAUUCGCAAGAAUCAUUCGACCCUGAGGCGUGACUUCUACUGCGGCGACAUCACUCAGAAGGGAUACGAGAAGAAAAGGACGCGACUGUUGCAGCCAUAUUUAACCAAAAAUGUACAGCAAGGUGUUGGUGGUGGUGGUGGCGGAAGCAAUAACCCCGGCUAUGUAAAUGACAUCCAAUCGCACCUGUACCAUCCCUCAUCCCAGCAGAAACAAAAUAUCUUUGCCUCUGCCGGGAGUGGUGGCGGAGGAGGCGUCGGUGGUGGUGGUGGAGGUAGUAGGGAACGGAAUGACCGACCCAGUAGUGGCCAUCAUCAUCAUCAACAACAGCAGCAGCAGCAGCAACAAUUGCAGCAAAAUCGAUCUCGACGCAGCACCCAACGAAGGGUCACUCACAACGAGAAACGAUAUCACUCAGAUGUCCAACGAGAAGGAGGUAAUCAUUCUCCUCAAACGCAAACACCGCAAAACCUCAUUCACUCAUCGACUACCUCAUCGGGAUCGUCUUCCUGCGAGCAGCAGAGGAAAGAGUUGCCACCAUCGUUGAGUACCAACUUUAGCAAUCUAGCGUUACAUUCACCGGCCAUAGUAGCCGCGGCAGCCGCACUAACGAAGUCACCAUCCAAAUUGGUCGCCGCUUAUGGGGGCGUACCUGAGAGCAGUAGUAGUGCUGAACACGGGGCGGUGGAAACUCGCGGUGUGAUAAUGCGACAGAAACCACACAACCAGCAGCAGCAACAUCACACGAGACAGCAAGCGAUGACCCCUCUUCAGCCGCCACCGCCGCUAGAAACUAGUUUUGACCGAACAAGUAAUAACCAAGCGUCUGCAAAUAGUAGUAGAAAUAAUAGAAGAAUUGGUCGACACGAAAGUCGUUACACCAGUGAAGUACGACAGGAAGCUGUACAGCAAGCAUUAGCUGCUUUAAAAAAUCGCCCCAAACCUAGCUUACCAAUGCCAUCCAAACGCAGCUCUGUGCUUAACCGUAGUCCCGAGCGUGAUCAAGACGACUCAGAUUCCAGCACCGACGACGAAUCCAUUCCAGAGGAAGGCAUCAUUGGCGGUAGAAUAUCUACACCGGAUCGUGAUAACUACAACCUGCCACGGGAUCACAUUCUCGGUCGAGAACCGAUGAAGCUUCCAUCGUCCCGCGAUCACCAUCACGUCGUAGCUCAGCAGAAGCCGCAACAAACCCAACCGGCCCCCAUUGAACGACGACCGCCGCAGAGUAUACCGACACAGAACACCCAACAUGCGACACUGUCGGACACUUCCAGUGCGGGAUCUCCGCCGGCUAUCCAUCGCACUUAUUACAAUCAGAAGAACAGCUACGACAUCACUGACAUUUCGGAGUAUCAACAGCGGUCGUACGUUGCCCCCGACAUUACGCAAUUCAGUGCCAACACGCGUCGAGGUGCUGAUCGGGUUACGCGAUACGUUAACCUUGCCAACCAGGAACCGGGUGACACAAGCACUGCGGGUCGAUGGAAGGUAUCGGCCAAAAUCCAACAGCUGCUGAAUACACUGAAGCGACCCAAACGACGACCACUGCCGGAGUUCUAUGAAGACAAUGACAUCGAGCUGGAGAUUGCCGCGAAUCCAAAGGACCCCAAUGCUCCCAAGCCGGAGGGUAGCGUCAUGUCGGCUGUACAGGGUGAACAGUUGAUCGUGCCCUCGGGUCUACCCAGAACCCUGGAAGCCGCUCUGCAACGGUAUGGUACCAGUUCGUUCAAAGCUCCCAUGGCGACCGUGCUGGAUCCGAAUGGAAAAAUGACAACAACCCUCACCUAUGGUAAGCUGUUAUCACGUGCACAGAAAAUUGCAUACGCUCUGUCCACGAAGGUGUUCAGCAAAGGACCAGAACAGAUAUCUCUGAAGGCAGGAGAUCGAGUUGCUCUCGUCUACCCAAACAGUGAUCCUCUAAGUUUCCUCACUGCUUGGUAUGGUUGUAUGUUCCGUGGGCUGGUUCCGCUACCGAUCGAGCUACCUCUCUCCAGUUCCGACUCUCCCCCGCAGCAAGUGGGUUUCCUUCUCAGCUCUUGUGGAGUGCAAGUUGCACUCACUUCGGAAGCUUGCCUGAAGGGACUACCCAAAUCAUCGACCGGAGAGGUAGCCAAGCUCAAGGGAUGGCCACGGUUGCAUUGGUUCGUCACUGAACAUCUUCCGAAAGUUCCAAAGGACUUCAACACGAACAACAAUCGCAUAAGUGAAGACUCCAUCGCGUACAUUGAGUACACGACCGAUAAGGAAGGUAGCGUUAUGGGGGUCACCGUUACGCGACAAUCAAUGAUCAAUCACUGCCGAGCGCUGACCAUGGCCUGUCAUUACACCGAGGGUGAGACCAUCGUUUGUGUGCUGGACUUCAAGCGAGAAGUUGGAUUGUGGCAUAGCAUCCUUACGUCGGUGCUAAACGGAAUGCAUGUGCUUUUCAUUCCAUACGCGUUGAUGAAGCUUAAACCAUCGUCGUGGAUGCAGCUGAUCACCAAAUAUCGCGCUUCAUGCUGUCUGGUGAAGAGUCGUGAUCUACACUGGGGUCUGCUGGCUACGAAAGAUCACAAAGACAUUUCACUCGCAUCGUUACGGAUGCUGCUGGUGGCAGAUGGUGCCAACCCAUGGUCUCUCUCUAGCUGUGAUCAAUUCCUGAGUGUUUUCCAAUCCAAGGGAUUGCGUGCCGAUGCUAUUUGUCCGUGUGCCAGUAGUUCGGAAGUGUUUACUGUGUCACUUAGACGUCCGGGUCGAUCUGCGGGUGGCUGUAAUCAAUCAGCUACCGGACGAGGUGUACUUUCGAUGGCAGCCCUAUCUCAUGGGGUGGUUCGUGUUGACAGUGAAGACUCGCUGACCUCACUUACGCUGCAGGACUGCGGACAAGUGAUGCCGAGUGCAACAAUGGUUGUGGUCAACCCCGAAGGAACACCCGUAUUGUGCAAGACGGAUCAGGUUGGAGAGAUUUGUGUAACUUCAGGAUCCACAGGUACCACUUACUUCGGGCUCGAUGGUAUGACAAACUCUACCUUCAAGGUUCAACCUUUAACCGAAUCACCUUUGGCAAAGGAAGGUGAAGUUCAAACGUUGGGCAAACCCAUCAGUGAAGAACUGUACGUUCGCAGUGGAUUGCUAGGUUUUCUUGGUCCAGGUGGUUUGGUGUUCGUGUGUGGAUCGAGAGACGGGCUGAUGACCGUCACUGGACGUAAACACAACGCCGACGAUAUAAUAGCAACGGUGUUGGCUGUUGAGCCAAUGCGCUUCAUUUACCGUGGCCGCAUUGCCGUCUUCAGCAUCAAGGUGCUACGCGACGAGAGAGUGUGCGUAAUUGCUGAACAACGACCAGACUGUUCCGAGGAGGAAUCAUUCCAAUGGAUGUCUCGGGUAUUGCAAGCCGUGGAUUCAAUUCAUCAGGUUGGCAUCUACUGUCUAGCGCUGGUACCACCGAACCACCUGCCGAAGACCCCGCUAGGAGGAAUACAUCUAACUGAAGCCAGGCGACGAUUCCUGGAAGGGUCACUGCAUCCAGCGAACGUUCUCAUGUGUCCCCACACAUGCGUUACAAACCUCCCCAAGCCAAGAGAACUCCAUCACGGUUCUAUCCAACAACUUCAAAUUUCCGGCACCACCCCAUCAACGUCGUCGAUUGCCGCCACCACCAACAUCAACACUGCUGCUGGAACAGAUGCCUCCGUUGGGCCGGCAUCGGUGAUGGUUGGGAAUCUAGUGCAGGGCAAUCGGCUGGCAUCCGCACAGGGGCGCGACAUUGGGCUGGCCGACGACAACGAACGAAAGCAUCAACUAAUCACCGGAGUACUCCGAUGGCGUGCCAAUUCUUCACCAGACCACGUACUGUACACCCUGCUAAAUUCGAAGGGUGCCGUUGCGAAGACGCUCACAUGCUCCGAACUGCACAAACGAGCGGAGAAGAUUGCGGCUUUGCUGCAGGAACGUGGCAAGGUGAAUCCGGGCGACCACGUAGCCCUUAUCUUUCCCCCCGGUCUCGAUCUGAUAUGUGCGUUCUACGGGUGUCUCUAUCUCGGUGCUAUUCCCGUUACAAUACGCCCACCACAUCCGCAAAAUCUGAUUACCACCCUGCCCACCGUACGGAUGAUAGUGGAUGUUUCCAAGAGUGGUAUCAUUCUGUCAAUCCAAAGCAUCAUCAAACUGCUCAAAUCUCGUGAAGCCGCCACCUCGAUCGACCCGAAGAGUUGGCCAGUGAUUUUGGACAUUGAGGAUAAUCCUAAGCGAAAAUUAGCUGCCAUCGCCAAUAGCACACUGGAUUCGACUGCCUACCUGGACUUCAGCGUCUCCACCUGUGGACGACUGAGUGGAGUCAUCAUAACACAUAGAUCUCUAUCAAGUUUGUGUGCCAGUUUGAAACUAGCCUGUGAAUUGUAUCCUAGUCGCCAUGUGGCCCUCUGCCUGGAUCCAUACUGUGGACUUGGUUUCUCGAUGUGGACAUUGAUCAGCGUUUAUAGUGGCCAUCAUUCGAUUCUUAUAGCUCCAUAUGAGGUUGAGGCUAAUCCAAGUUUAUGGCUAAGUACGCUGUCACAAUACCGAGUUCGCGACACGUUCUGUUCGUACGGAGUAAUUGAACUAUGCACGAAAGCACUGAGUAAUUCCAUUCAGAUGCUCAAACAGCGCAACGUCAAUCUUGGCUGUGUGCGAACGUGUGUGGUAGUGGCGGAGGAACGGCCACGCGUGCAGCUGACGCAGCAAUUUUGCAAAUUGUUCCAAGCGCUGGGACUGAACACUCGAUGCGUAUCCACGUCAUUCGGAUGUCGAGUGAACCCAGCUAUUUGCGUGCAAGGUGCGAGCUCAGCUGAAAGUGCUCAAGUGUACGUGGAUCUGCGGGCGCUUCGUAACAACCGGGUAGCUUUGGUUGAGAGAGGUGCUCCGAAUUCACUCUGUCUCGUCGAGUCUGGUAAGCUCCUUCCAGGAGUGAAAGUGAUCAUUGCCAACCCCGACAGCAAAGGCCAAUGUGGUGAUUCACAUUUAGGAGAAAUAUGGGUUCAAUCGCCUCACAGCUCGAACGGAUAUUUCACAAUAUACGGAGAUGAAACAGAUUACAACGAUCAUUUCAACGCUAAACUGGUGACAGGAUGCAGUAUCAGCGAAUCGUGGGCUCGCACGGGCUACCUUGGAUUCUUGAGGCGCACCGAAUGUUCACAGGCUGGCUCGAUUCUGGAUGAGACAACACCGAGUAUCGCAAGCCGCGAUUCUGACACCGAGUCGAUUCACUCACAGGGCCACAACACACUGAAUUCGACAACGAGCUCCAAUGCUGGCAAUACAACAAUCGGUACUACCGGUGGCAACGAGCAGGAACUGCACGACGCCGUCUACAUCGUAGGAGCGCUCGAUGAGGUCAUAACACUGCGCGGCAUGUACUAUCAUCCGAUCGAUAUCGAGAACUCGGUGCUACGUUGCCACAAAAAGAUCGCCGAGUGUGCCGUUUUCACCUGGACAAACCUACUCGUGGUUGUGGUUGAACUGGACGGGAACGAAUCGGAGGCACUGGAUUUGGUACCGCUCGUAACGAAUACCGUGCUAGAGGAACAUCAGUUGAUUGUGGGUGUUGUGGUUGUGGUGGAUCCGGGAGUGGUACCGAUAAAUAGUAGAGGUGAAAAACAGCGAAUGCACCUCCGCGAUGGGUUCCUGGCCGAUCAGCUGGAUCCUAUCUACGUUGCCUAUAAUAUGUAAAUUCGAGGAAAACAUACACAAACAUAACCCAACGGUUCACUGAACGUGAUAUGUGCCUCUUAUUUGUUAGACUUUGUAAGUGAUGCUCUCGGACAGCCAAGAAAGCAAUAGUGAUAAUGAAGAAACAGACAAACACAAACACACAAAAAACUAUGAGAGGGAAAAUCUACGCACAUCACUUUUACAUAUAUGACAACGUGUCUCGUUAUCAUGGACAGGAAAUAAGACAAAUGCUCACCUGGGAAAAAAAAUCUGAAAGGAAACCAGCUGUGCUCUAUGGUGUUUCCUAAGACAAGGAAUGUUUUACAAUAUAAUGUAAACUGUAAAUAGUAUGUACAUCAUUCGAACAAACAAAAAUGGUAUGUUUUCAUUUAAAAUGACAAACACUUCAAUUGAGAUAAAAUUGUGUAUUUUCAUCGGUUGAAUACAACGUAUCCUACGUUAGAUCGGUAUAGCCGCAGAUACAGUUGUUUCCCUGCGCUAAGAAAGCUGUAGAAGUUGUAGAUUUGUUUCACUUGCACAAAAUUUGAGUCGGUUCCGCCUAACGAUCGUUCUCAGUAUUCAUUUUGUUUACUAUGUAUACCUCCGAUGUGGUUCAUUGUCACGAAGCGAGGAUUAUACAUUGAUACACUGUUGAAUUUAACUUCGUAAUCUAGUCUCUUUCAAUUUAUUUUUUUUGUAUAUUUUUAUCAAAAUGGUUCCGCUUAUUUGUUCGUAUAACGUAAGUUCAAAUCAUCAUUUUGAUUUUAAUUGUGAUCAUUAUCUUUAAUUGUAAAUUAUGUAUUUUUUAACACUAUAGUUUAUCUUGACAUCUCUCUGUUGUUUCAACGCCAUUCCCAGAUAAACAAUCGAAAAAUUGCCUAACAAUACACUCAACACUUCUCCAAAUUUCCUCGGAACUUGCAUCUUGUUCCAAACGCGAUUUAUACGGCACUAGCAAUUAUAAUCGUAAUCAGUCGCAUUGAUUAGAUAAGAUAUACAAGUAUCUUUCAAUUGAUUAGCCAACUGACAUUUGGUCUGUUUAGAAGAGAAAAAAGUCAGUGUCAUUUGAUAAUUUUAAGGUCGAUAUACGUUAAGCUUCAAAUUACUCUAUUAUCGGAGACUGUGAAUCGUAUAUCUUAGAAUGAAGAAGCAUGUCAAAAGCAACAAAAGCAGAAAUUAGCCAAUUAGUUGAUCAUAACAUUUAUAACAUUUUCGCGUUUUUCUCUAACCUAUAUAUACAACCCAAAAUAAACAAAGCACACAUACACACACACACAUACACAAAUGUUUUCCGACAAACACAACUUGAGCAAAAGCCAACGAACUGUGAAUUUAUUGUUAGGACAAACUCUAGUGGUGAUGAGGACAAAUAAAAGAAGACAAAAACCCCGGAAGCACAUUUAUAUGCAACACAUUGUUGUUACUUUUGUUCAAUUUGUCAACUAGAGGCAACAAAGACGCCGCACGAAGGAAUGGAUAAUGCAUUCUAGUAGCUAGUGUGUUACCACAACGAUUCACCAAAUGUGGAAUAAUUCAACGGAUUCUGGGGAUUCUCCGAGUUCGUCUAAAACUAAAACGAACGGAUCAGUCUCCGAACGGAAAACAGUGCAUUAUUCGACAUUUGUAAAAGCACUGUACCACUAGCUUGAGACACCUUUUACAUCGUACACAGGAAACAUAAGUUCAUGUAUUUUGUCAGAUAUUGAAAAAGAAAUGGUGGAACGCUAAUCAAUUCCUUUGUAUUUCUAUUAGUGAAGAACGAAUAAACAAAAACAAAUUGAAGUAAGUAUAUAAUUUCAAAAAUAAAUGUA